UCUUACAAAGGAAGGCAUUUUGUAUCGGCUAGUGUCACSGYUGACAUAGACRGCUUGCAAAAUGCCCUCUAUCAGGACUGGAAUGCUAGGAUUUUUAGUUUACCUUGUGUUGAUGUCAAGAGAAACUCUCAGUGAGGACAAAGAUACUGUUGUGAAUACCACAAUUGACUGUAUGACAGCCAAAAAGGACUGUGAGAACGACAUGAAGUGCACAUUUGCCAUGUACAAGUUGUUUAAAAAAAAUAUGGCGUGCAGCAAGUCACUAGGCUACGACAUUCAAGAAGGAAUUACUGGAGCAGCCGACAAGGUUUGUCCGAAACAUUGUGGAAUAUUGAUCUAUAACUUAACAUCUCUCGACAAAGGGAAGAAACUGCAAACUUGUACGUGUGUGAAUCGAGACUCGAUWUGCUUAACUCUGAAGGCUAGACUAGCGAAGUGUAUGGAUACMGUCAUUCACGGCGUGAGGAACGAUACUAAACCGGGCUGUACAAAAAUUCGCAAACAAUGCUCAUCAGACAAGGAUUGUGAAUCUGCCCAGCAAUACUUCCUUAGAAAAUGCAGCAGGCUUAUCUCUGGCGUCGAGUGCUCGAGGGACUGCAAAAAAGCUCAGAAGAUCYUGCUAUCAAGCAAACUAGGCCGAGGCUUGGACGAGUGUGAAUGCGAUGGUUUCGAGGAGCCGCAUUGCCGAGGGAUAAGAGCGCAUCAAAAGGCUUUAUGCUUUGGAAUCAGAGUWACGAAAAACGUAAACCCRCAAUAUAAACCAACACAAAACGUAGGAAACGCACGAUCUGUAGGAACUGGAAGCGCGAGUCACUCAUGGCUAUUCAUGGSCUUACCGAUUGCUACCCGACUGUUCUUUUGACAUUGAAAGGACAUGACACUUUUAUUUAUAAUAUUUGGUAUUUCCUCAAGCAUUUCGUCGAUUUUUUUUUAAUUUCUGAUGCUCUGAUUUAGAUGAAUACUCUAUAUUCACCGAAAGAACAUACGUAUUUUAUGCGUUUAGGAAGUUGAAAGGCGAUUUACAUAAACACUAGUUGUACAUACGAUUGUAUUCAUGUUCAUGUAAUUAUCAAAGACAAUGCAUUGUACAWAUAACUAUCUUCUAUUUGCUCCCGUUGUUUAGCUAUACUUAGCGCCGGCUCACCUUUAAACAAUAGACUCAAAGCUUUUUAAUUACAAGUGAGUAAACCACUGUUUCGGAAUUCCGUCGAUGAAUUUAAUAUAUUGUUAUGCCGGUUCGACUGAGGUCAGAUACUAUCACAGAUCUUAUGUUGACAAAUGUCGAAGCUAAGCUUCAUGAAUUUGUGUUCAUUUUGAUGUUUUUCACAGAUAAUUGUAGUUUAAAAUCAACACAAUUUUUUUAAUUAACAAUCUGGGAUUAGCCAGACUCUGUGCUCGAAGCAGAAGGGAAGAGACCUAACCAACCUUUCGAGCAAUAUUUCUGGAAAAUUUUCUUUCCUUAUGUUUCGCACACCCUUUGCAUCUUUGCAAAACAAAGCGUUCAAACUAAAAAGUUGGAAUGUGGUUCAGUUUCAUUCUCUUAUAACUUACAUCUAUACAAACUUAAUGAUUGUACAUUAUUCUUAAAAUGUGUGAAUACAAAAAAUCCAAAAUAAAACCUUGAAAAUAUUUAAUAUUG